GAUUCCCGCAAUAUCCACGCUGUAUUUCAGUUUCGAAAAAUUACCCCAAAAACACAAAAGAGACAAUUUUGACACAGAGUGAAAGAGAAUACUUACUUGGCUGGAUAGAGUUGUUUGUUCCAUUCUACAAACCCCAUCCGAUUCGAUCCUAGUGGGAACUGACUCACUCUUUUCCCUCCCUCUAAAUACAUAUUCUGGCAACCCAAAGUCAAACAAAGAAAAAGCACCAUAAAGCAACUGAACUAGAUAGAUUGAUUGUUUUAUGAUAAAAAGGCCUCAUGCCUUGUCUCCUAUUUUUUUUUUUUUUUGUAAAUCAAAAAGUUCCCUUUCUUUUUGUUAUAUUGGUGUUUAAUAAUUUGGAAAAAAGGUAAAAGGUUAGCGUCUGAAAGUUGGUCUCUUUUGGUUAGGUAGGUUCACGGGUAGGCAUUUUUAUUUGCACGUUUCUCUGGUGAGGGCAAGAUCACAGAAUUGGUGUGAGAGAGAUGGGUUCGUCCGUGAAGCUUUCAAGGAGGGCCUUGGAAACUGAGAUGCCCGUUAUGGUUCAGAUGCAGGAAUUGCAACGAGGAGCUAAGAAUGCCUUGUCUUUGGCCCAGGGGGUGGUUUACUGGCAGCCUCCCAAGCAAGCGUUGGAAAAAGUGAAAGAACUUGUAUCUGAGCCUUUAAUUAGUCGUUAUGGUAACGAUGAAGGUAUUCCUGAACUCAGAGCAGCAUUAGUCAAAAAGGCAUUUGUGAAUCUAGUUCUUACUCUCUGUGAUCCGGGUGAUUCUGUGGUUAUGUUUGCUCCUUACUACUUCAAUGCGUACAUGUCCUUCCAGAUGACUGGCAUUACCAAUAUUCUAGUUGGUCCUGGUAGCUCAGACACACUCCAUCCUGAUGCAGAUUGGUUGGAAAGAAUAUUAUCAGAAAAUAAACCGGCUCCAAAGCUUGUUACUGUUGUAAAUCCAGGCAAUCCAUCCGGAACUUACAUUCCAGAGCCCCUUCUAAAGAGGAUUUCAGAUCUCUGCAAGAAUGCUGGCUCUUGGCUUGUUGUUGAUAAUACAUACGAGUAUUUUAUGUAUGAUGGCCUGAAACACUCUUGUGUUGAGGGAAAUCAUAUUGUUAAUGUUUUCUCAUUCUCAAAAGCAUAUGGAAUGAUGGGAUGGCGGGUUGGAUAUAUAGCGUACCCCUCUGAAGUAAAAGACUUCGCUGAACAACUUCUCAAAGUUCAAGACAACAUUCCCAUCUGUGCUUCAAUAUUAUCACAGUAUCUUGCCCUGUAUUCAUUGGAAGUGGGGCCUCAAUGGGUUUUAGACCAGGUAAAAACUCUUGAAAAGAACAGAGAAAUUGUUUUAGAAGCUCUCUCCCCUCUUGGAGAGGGUUCUGUGAAAGGAGGAGAAGGUGCUAUAUACCUGUGGGCAAAGCUCCCAGACUUAGACGCUCACGAUGAUUUUGAUGUUGUUCGCUGGCUAGCUAACAAGCAUGGGGUUGCAGUAAUCCCAGGAAAAGCAUGUGGUUGUCCCAGCAAUCUUAGAAUUUCAUUUGGAGGCUUGACGGAGAAUGACUGCAGAGCUGCCGCAGAAAGACUGAAGAAAGGCUUAGAAGAAUUGGUUAGAGACGGACUGCGGGAGUAACUGAAACUAAUCAUAGAACAUCCCCUUCCCAAGCCAAGCCUCCAAAAAACUAUAGAUAUCAAUAGAAAGAAAUUUCACUUGCCAAUGUAGCAAGUUUGCAACUUUUGCAUUUGAAUAAAUGGAGGAUUUUACUUUCUAUCCGGUUAAAGUUGUGGGAUAUCAAUAGAAAGAAAUUUCACUUGCCAAUGUAGCAAGUUUGCAACUUUUGCAUUUGAAUAAAUGGAGGAUUUACUUUCUAUCCGGUUAAA